AUGUCGAGAAGUCUCGUUGCACAAACCGCCGCCAUUUUGGCGCUCAUUGCAGUCUCGACUGCUUUGCCACAGCUUGAAAAGCCUCGAAAUCCACGAAUCGCCGGUGGCGCAGAGGCACAGGACGGUCAGUUUCCGUUCCAGGUGGCGCUGAUCAACGAAGGUCUCGUGUACUGCGGUGGUUCCGUGGUGAACCGUCGCUGGAUUCUGACCGCCGCGGCCUGCCUCAUCGGCAAGCAGCUCUCGGACGUGCAGCUGUUCCUCGGCAGCGUGGACCGCCUGGUCGGGGGCCGCAACGUCACGGCGGAAAGGUUCAUCCUGCAUCCGGACUUCGACCAGCAGACGUACGCCAACGAUAUCGCGCUGAUCCGCAUUCGGGAGGUGCUCGCGUUCAACAACGCCGACCAGCUGCAGUCGAUCGAGCUGGCGACGGAAUUCUUCGAAACCGCCACUGAUGCCACCGUGUCCGGAUGGGGUCGUUUUUCGAUUUCCAACAACCAACUCCCGAACCGACUUCAGUUCAUCCGCACCGACAUCAUCGACACCGACGAUUGCGCGGCCCAGUUCGAGGAACCGUAUGCGAGCCGCAUCUCGGAGCAGCGCACCAUCUGCACCAGCAACCAACCGGACCAGGGCGUCUGCCUCGGUGAUGCCGGCGGUCCGCUCGUGCUGGACGGCGUCCUGGUCGGCGUACAGUCCUGGAGCAUCCCGUGCGGCCUCGGUCUGCCGGACGUGUACGAGCGCGUCUCGCACCACCGACCGUGGAUCCUGGUGCAUACGCUCCUGUAG